GGCGCAGGACGAAAGGCCCCGAAGCCAAGCACCAUGGCGUCCAUUCUGGAUGAGUACGAGGACUCGCUGUCCCGCUCGACGGUCCUGCAGCCCGGCUGUCCCAGCGUGGGCAUCCCCCACUCGGGUUAUGUGAAUGCCCAGUUGGAGAAGGAGGUACCCAUCUUCACAAAGCAGCGCAUCGACUUUACCCCUUCCUUUACCCCUUCUGAUCGCAUCACCAGUCUUGUUGUCUCCUGUAAUCAGCUCUGCAUGAGCCUGGGCAAGGAUACGUUGCUCCGCAUUGACUUGGGCAAGGCAAAUGAGCCCAACCAUGUGGAGCUGGGGCGCAAGGAUGAUGCCAAAGUUCAUAAGAUGUUUCUGGACCAUACUGGCUCUCACCUGCUGAUUGCUCUAAGCAGCACAGAGGUCCUUUACGUGAACCGUAAUGGACAGAAGGUACGACCACUAGCACGCUGGAAGGGGCAGCUGGUGGAGAGUGUGGGCUGGAACAAGGCACUGGGAACCGAGAGCAGCACAGGCCCCAUCCUGGUCGGCACCGCCCAAGGUCAGAUCUUUGAAGCAGAACUCUCUGCCAGCGAUGGUGGCCUUUUUGGCCCUGCCUCAGACCUUUACUUCCGUCCACUGUAUGUGCUAAAUGAAGAAGGGGGUCCAGCGCCUGUGUGCUCCCUAGAGGCUGAACGGGGCCUCGACGGACGUGGCUUUGUGAUUGCCACCACUCGUCAGCGCCUCUUCCAGUUCAUAGGCCGAGCCACCGAGGGGGCUGAGGCCCAGGGCUUCUCGGGGCUCUUUGCUGCCUACACUGACCACCCACCCCCGUUCCGAGAGUUCCCCAGCAACCUGGGCUACAGUGAGUUGGCUUUCUAUACACCCAAGCUACGUUCUGCACCCCGGGCCUUUGCCUGGAUGAUGGGAGAUGGAGUGUUGUAUGGAUCACUAGACUGUGGGCGUCCCGACUCUCUGCUGAGUGAUGAGCGAGUCUGGGAGUAUCCAGAAGGGGUGGGUCCUGGGGCCAGUCUGCCCCUGGCCAUAGUUCUGACCCAGUUCCACUUUCUGCUGCUUCUGGCUGACCGAGUAGAAGCAGUAUGCACACUGACAGGGCAGGUGGUGUUGCGGGAUCACUUCCUGGAGAAGUUUGGGCCACUGAAGCACAUGGUGAAGGACUCGUCCACAGGCCAGCUGUGGGCUUACACUGAGCGAGCUGUCUUCCGAUACCACGUGCAGCGGGAGGCCCGAGAUGUGUGGCGCACCUACCUGGACAUGAACCGCUUCGACUUGGCCAAAGAGUAUUGUCGAGAGCGGCCUGACUGCCUGGACACAGUCCUGGCCCGUGAGGCUGAUUUCUGCUUCCGCCAGCGCCGAUACCUGGAGAGUGCCCGUUGUUACGCCCUGACCCAGAGUUACUUUGAGGAGAUUGCACUGAAGUUCUUGGAGGCCAGGCAAGAGGAGGCACUGGCUGAGUUCCUCCAGCGAAAGCUGGCCGGGUUAAAGCCAAGUGAGCGUACCCAGGCCACGCUGCUCACCACCUGGCUGACAGAGCUCUUCCUUAGCCGUCUUGGGGCACUGCAGGGUGAUCCAGAGGCCCUGACCCUCUACCGGGAGACCCGGGAGCGCUUCCGUGCUUUCCUCAGCAGUCCCCGCCAUAAGGAGUGGCUCUUUGCCAGCCGGGCCUCCAUCCACGAGCUGCUUGCCAGCCAUGGGGACUCAGAGCACAUGGUGUACUUUGCUGUGAUAAUGCAGGACUACGAGCGGGUGGUGGCAUACCACUGCCAGCAUGAGGCUUACGAGGAGGCCCUGGCCGUGCUCACUCGCCACCGUGACCCUCAGCUCUUCUACAAGUUCUCACCCAUCCUCAUCCGUCACAUACCCUGCCAGCUGGUAGAUGCUUGGAUUGAGCUGGGCAGCCGGCUGGAUGCCCGGCAACUCAUCCCUGCCCUGGUCAAUUAUAGCCAGGGAGGUGAGGCCCAGCAGGUGAGCCAGGCCAUCCGUUACAUGGAGUUCUGUGUGAACGUGCUAGGCGAGACUGAACAGGCUAUACACAACUACCUGCUGUCACUGUAUGCCCGCGGCCAGCCAGCCUCCCUAUUGGCCUACUUGGAGCAGGCAGGGGCCAGCCCACACCGUGUGCAUUACGAUCUCAAGUAUGCACUGCGGCUCUGUGCUGAGCAUGGCCACCACCGCGCCUGUGUUCACGUUUACAAGGUCCUGGAGCUGUACGAGGAGGCUGUGGACCUGGCACUACAGGUGGAUGUGGACCUGGCCAAGCAGUGUGCAGACCUGCCUGAUGAGGAUGAGGAACUGCGCAAGAAGCUGUGGCUGAAGAUCGCGCGGCACGUGGUGCAGGAGGAGGAAGAUGUGCAGACGGCGAUGGCCUGCCUGGCCAGCUGCCCCCUGCUCAAGAUUGAGGAUGUGUUGCCCUUCUUUCCUGAUUUUGUCACCAUCGACCACUUCAAAGAGGCCAUCUGCAGCUCACUCAAGGCCUACAAUCACCACAUUCAAGAGCUGCAGCGGGAGAUGGAAGAGGCCACAGCCAGUGCCCAGCGCAUCCGGCGAGACCUCCAGGAGUUGCGAGGCCGCUAUGGCACUGUGGAGCCUCAGGACAAAUGUGCCGCCUGUGACUUCCCCCUCCUCAACCGACCUUUUUACCUCUUUCUCUGUGGCCACAUGUUCCAUGCUGACUGUCUGUUGCAGGCCGUGCGGCCUGGCCUACCGGCCUACAAGCAGGCCCGGCUCGAGGAGCUGCAGCGAAAGCUGGGGGCUGCUCCACCCCCAGCCAAAGGCUCUUCUCGGGCGGCCAAGGAGGCAGAGAGUGGGGCUGCAGCUGGGGGCCCCAGCCGGGAGCAGCUCAAGGCUGACCUCGAUGAGUUGGUAGCUGCAGAGUGUGUGUACUGUGGGGAGCUGAUGAUCCGCUCCAUCGACCGGCCCUUCAUUGACCCUCAGCACUAUGAGGAGGAGCAUCUUAGUUGGUUGUAG